AUGGAAACUCACGUAAUCUUCAGUUCAAAAGCCGAUGAAGACUCUUGGUUCAUCCAACUCGAUCAUUUGGUGAGUGAAACCCACCGACAACCCCUGACGCAUAUGGGCGGUUACAUUCGCCAUGUCCCCAAAUCUUUGAGUUUUGACAAGCCAGAAGCCUUUACCCCACAACUUAUAGCAAUUGGUCCAUAUAACCAUUUUCUUCCAGAGCUCUAUCCCAUGGAAAGGUUCAAAAUUCUUUCAGCCAAAAAGGUCCUCAACCACUUCAAUAAACAUGACCUCAAACAAUUAGUUGAGAAACUCUACAACACAGGGCCAUCCAUCCGUGCUUAUUACAACAAGUCCUUGGACCUUAAAGACCAUAACUUGUUGUACACAAUGGUUAUUGACGGUUUGUUCUUACUCAAUUUAUUCAACAUCUGUUACGAUGAUGAUGUUUCUUUUUUAAGUGAACUAGAUCUUUUUCUUGAGAUAAGCCGCUCGAAGCACUCCAAAGAUGCAAUCAUAAGAGACGUGCUCAUGGUCGAGAACCAAAUUCCAACCUUCAUAUUGGGGAGAAUCUUAACCUUAUUGAUUGAAAGCUCCGAACAUGAUGAUGACUCAGUUGAUGAUAAAACCAAUGGUCAGAUGCACUUGUCGAUUGAAAGCUUCAAACCUGAUGAUCCAGUUCAUGAAAUAUUGGGUUCGGUGCUCUUGUCAUUCUGUGAGAAACACUGUCCACUCAAGUUAACUCAAACAUGGUCACAAGCUCUCACUGAUCAGCGUCAUCAUCUCUUGGAUCUCAUGUAUCAUUUAGUGGUCCCUGAAAAUGAAAAGUCAGAAACAGCAGCAACAUCUGAAAGAGAAGGUAUGUUUAAUGCCUCUGCCACUGAUGCUCCUAAAUCCAAGAGAAGUUCAAUAUCUGCAGGCAUAGUCACAUUCAAAAAUGCAGUUAACGUUCUAUUAACACGGACAGUAGACUCUCUCAAAAAGCUGAAGAAUUUGAAACUUCGUCUGUUGCGAGCCUUUAAAUCAUGCAUAGUUGGAACACUCUGUAUGCUUGACCUGUUUCAAUGUGUUUCAUCAGAAACUUUCACUUUUGAAACAGAUCAAGCUGAAGCUGAAGCUGAUUUGGUGGUCAUUCCUUCUGUGUGUGAGCUUCAUUCAUUUGGGAUCCGUUUUAAACCCACGAAUGGUGGCAUCAUGGCAAUUAAAUUCGACGAGAGGAAGCGCAUAUUUUACCUCCCUGUGAUCAAAUUGGAUGUUAACUCUGAAGUCAUAAUGAGAAACCUUGUGGCUUACGAGGCAUUGACUAAACCUGAUCUUCUCAUCUUCACAAGGUACAUAGAAUUAAUGCAAGCAAUGAUAGACACUGUGGAAGAUGUUAAGAUGCUUAAGGAUGCAGCUAUCAUAGAGUCAACAAGCUCAAUCAAUAAGGAAGAAACUGUGAAACUUUUCAACGGGAUGAGGAAAUCCAUUGGACCCACCAAGACAGAGAAGUUGGAUAAGACCAUUAAGAAAGUUAACAAGCGCUUCCAUUACAAUAAGAAGUACAGCUUCACCAAAUUUGUGUAUACUUCAUGGAAGUUCUUCACACUUCUUGGCACCUUUGUGCUGCUGGUCACGACGGCUCUUCAAACCUUUUGCACCGUUUAUGAUUGUGCUGGUCAUUUUAGAUACAAAUCAACAAACUCUUUCAGUUAA